UGACUCACUUCCCUCAUUGCCCCACCCCAGAGCUCCUGUGCUCAGAUCUGACACAGACCCCUCCACCAUUAGAUGUGUUAGAACAGAAUAAGCCGUUGGCUUUUACACGUCCACAUUUCUGCUAAGCUUUUGUCCAGACUCACUCCAAAGAUCACGACAGGAUGCCUCUUGGAGGAGGAAAUAAAUGUGGCUGCUGUCAGAAAACCGUCUACUUUGCAGAGGAAGUUCAAUGUGAAGGGCGGAGCUUCCACAGAUCCUGUUUCCUGUGCAUGGUCUGCAGGAAAAAUCUCGACAGCACUACUGUGGCCACCCAUGAGAACGAGGUCUAUUGCAAGUCCUGUUACGGCAAAAAAUACGGGCCCAAGGGUUAUGGAUACGGCGCUGGUGCAGGAACUCUAAGCAUGGACAAAGGAGAGUCCCUGGGCAUUCAAUCUCAGGAACCUCAACCACACCAGCCGACCAAUAACCCCAACACAUCCAAGUUUGCUCAAAAGUUUGGGAGCUCCGAUGUGUGUCCACGUUGCAGUAAGGCCGUUUAUGCUGCCGAGAAAGUCAUAGGGGCAGGAAAUGCAUGGCAUAGGGGUUGUUUCCGGUGUGCCAAGUGCGGUAAAGGGCUCGAGUCCACAACUUUAGCUGACAAGGAUGGAGAAAUCUUUUGUAAAGCUUGCUAUGCCAAAAGCUUUGGACCGAAGGGUUUUGGAUACGGUCAAGGGGCCGGCGCGCUGUCACACACUCAAUAGACCGGCAACACACAAGUCACAUUCCUAAUUCCUGUACAAGCCUGCACGGUCACCUGCUCACGUGCAGUUGUGAGUGACUGCAUGUCAAUGUCAGGAAACCGAGAAAAAUUGACACAUUCCACAUUUCAAAGACAUCAUAAACGUCUCGGCUUAAAUCUCCAACAUAACCAAACACUUGGAAGAACAUCAACUAUGUUAACAAAGCAUGGGAUUAACACUUAAUCUACUCACUUAAAAUGAUCACUUCAAGUGGCACAGAUUUAGUGCAAUUUGAGCUCUGCUUUCUCUUCAUAGAUGUGCUGUUUGUUCCUUAUAAUGGAUUGACAUGUCACACGUUCAAGCUUAAUCACUGUAAAGAAUGUUCCAUUAUUUCAAAUAUGCAAGAUUUUCAAGCAUUCCUUGGCUAAAGAUGCCAUCACCCAAUAAACCCGACCCUCUUUAAUCACCAACACGUGCAUGUCCUCAUCACCACCUCCUUUGUGGUGCCGCCACCAUUCCUCACUUCUUCUUCUGGUCUUGCACUUACCUGCAUGAUGGAUUCCUAGUUUACUCACCUGUGUGCUCUUCCUCAGCUCAGGAUCUACCCGUUUUCCAGUGCCACCAUACAAUCUAUUACUCCAAAGACAAAGACUGUUUUAUAUAAGUCACCCAGGACUUUACAUUUGCUUGCAAAGUUAUUUACCUGUCUGAUGUUCUAUACUUCAAUAAACUUUGUUAUAUUUAAAUUUCCCUUAUCCGUUAUCUUCUUUGACGUGACAGAACCAAGGUUAACCUUUUUAUUUUACUGUCAAUUGAACAAACACAUACAGUAUAUUGAGGGGUGAGAACCAGAGGGGCGUAAGUGACAUUUGACCAACUUUACAGAAGGGCCAGAACAAAAAUAUUAUCAUAGUUUGAUCUAACUUUAUUUUCAUCAGACGCACACGCGGUGUCACGGUUACGUGUCUGGAUGGAACUUAACUUCCGAUCUCUGUUUGUUUAUGUUUACUGGUCUGGCUAGGCUCAACUCAACUAAACUAAUACCUCGUUGAAAUAACAAAUGUUUUGGUUUCGAGACAGCGAUCAUGGAUCACUGCUAUGUGAAAUAAGGUUUGGCAGCCGAUUUGUAGUUAAGGUCGUUUUAUUUAGUACACAUUUUACAGUGUAGUUUUUGAUACAUUUUAGCUAUGAUUUAAACCAAGGUAAUCUACUUGUUUAUUUAGCUUGUUAUCAGAAAUAAACUAGCCUACUCUAAAAGGACUGUUUUUAUUGAAUCUUUGCCGGAGUUUACCGGAUGUUACACUUGUUCCACGAAAGUCAUUUACGCUCUUCUGGUUCUUACUCCUCCAUACGCAUUUUGAUCAUACUGUAAUGAGAUCAAAUCUACAUUCAAUUUAUUUAUUUUUAUACAUUUUUAGGUUUUCUGUUCCUUUCAAUUUGAUAUUCAGAUAUCUUUAUACACUCUUAAAAAAAUGGUAAUGAAAAUUCUCCUCUUAAAUGUGAAAAAAAAAUUGGUUUGUAUGAUGUCAUUUGAAAACAUGUGCAGAAUAGUACAUGAAGAGAUGUUUGUAACUGUAUGCUGCUUAUUUUUGCAUUUAUACUCUUACUUUGCAUUUACUUUUUUUUAUCAAAAUGUUUCAUGACACCUCAUAAGUCUAAUUUCGCAAGAAUCACCCAGCAGUUGGUUUAAAUUAAUCCAUAAAAUGACUAUAUUUGACCCAACAAUUGGUUGAAACAACCCAGACUAGGUUAAAGGUGCUGUGUGUAGAUUUUAGCACAUCUAGUGGUGAUUGCGAAUUGUAACCAACAGCUCAGCUCACUCCUCUCUUUCAAAAAGCAUAUACAAAAGCCAGGGGCGUCGGACUGGGGGUAAAACCUGUACUGAUUACCAGGGCCCCAAAGGAAGAGAGGGCCCUUGAAAAGUCUGAAAUAUAUAAUGGGGGUGGGGCAUGGGGGCCCAUCAGAACUGCCUAUGCAUAGGGCUCGAGGUCUUCUUCAUCGCCCCUGACAAAAGCUACAGUAGCCACCACAGGACAUGUCAUCAUCU